GACAGUUGAAAACAAAUUUUUGAAACGGGAUUUUGUUGGAUUUCUUUGUAUAAUUUAUAUAUUUUCUAAUAUCUCCUCAUCGCAAUAAUUUGUAAGUAAGUAAUAGUGAGUGAAGUUAAUUAGUUAUGGAUUACUCAACAAUUAGCAAUAAGACCAACUGUACCGAAGCUGAGGACAUAACCAAUGGCGAGCUCAGCGAGCGAUACUAUUUGCUCAAAAAGCAAUACGAUAACUUAUCCAGCUCGUAUGAGAGCAUAAAACAGGAGUUACACGACACCAGACGAUGCUAUCAGACCGCUUUAGAUGUACAGAGUCACUUGAAUGCGGAGUUGGAGGGUUACCAAGCGGAUGAAGGGCGGAGAAAGAAUGAGGUGAAUGCUCGCAUUUCCUCGCUGCAGGAAGAGAUUGCGUCGCUUCGGGAGCAGAGGACAGAGUUGGUAGACGUUCACACGAACGAGGUGAAGAAGUUUGAGGCGGAGAUUCGUCGGUUGAAAGAGGAGCGAGCGUGCGUUGAACGGGCGAGUCCCGUGCGUGAUACAGCGGAGUUGGACGAGGCGCGUGCUGCGGCGUCGUCUGCUCUUUCGGAUGCAGCAGCGGCUAAGAUGGCGUUAGAGGAGGCAAGAGCGGAGGUUGUGUCGUGGAGGAUGAAGGCCGAGGAGCUGUUAAAUGAGAUGGGAGAGGUGCGGGCGGCCGCUGAGUUGAGGAGAGAGGAGUUAAGAGCUGCAGGGGAGAGAGAGGCGGCGGUUCUGGCGGACUUGGCUGAGGCCCGGGCCUUGCUGCACCAGUGCACUGACUCACAGGACUUACAGCCUCAUGCCGCAAAAGGAAAUUCAAUAUUUGCUGAAGUUGAAGAUAAAAGACAAGAAAUGGCCAAAAACCUCAUUCAAAUGAAGCAGACUAAUUCUAGAUUGAGGAGAGAAUUGGCAAACAAGCAAACGGAAGUGGAUGCGUUACUGCUUGAGAAGCAAACCAUCUGGGAGCAGCAAGCCGGCGCCGCAGCACAUUACGACAGGGAGCUCAUUGAAAGUUAUGAAGACCGUAUCACACAGCUAGAAGGUCUCUGUGAGAGGCAAAGGAGAGAGUUGGCUCGGUGGUUCGGCAAGCUGUGUGAAUCAAACGCCCAGGGCUGGCUGCCAGGAGUGCUUGAUCACUUGAAAUCCGAAUGCGAGCAACUGCGCGCCGAAGUGCUAUCUCUCGGCGCCGCUCAGCUGGCCAGCUCCGCACAAGUCCGCGAGUUACGCCGGAAACUGGCGCGCGCCGCCGCCCCCGCCGCCGCCGGCUCGCCCGCCGGAAAACCGCCACAUGUAGUUGAGAAAGACUCAUUGCCCAGAGCGUUACAAGUGCGGAGCAGGCCGUCGCCCGAUGACGUUAAGAAGAAAGUGUCGUUUAAUUAAAGUUUAAAGUAAGUUGAAAGUGCCUUCUGUUUAUUAAUAACACUGCUGUGGUGCCUUUAGAUAAAUAAAGUUAUCACCUGAUCAUGUGAAGGAGAUACUAAUGUUAAAAUGUAGGCAACUGGUUUCUAAAUCAAGGUUUUGUAAGAUUUUAUAGCAAAUUCUAAUUGAUUUGAAUUUUCGAUUCUCCAUUAGGGAUUCCUUUAAAACCAUGUAAGUUUAGAAUAGCUGGUUCUAUACAGUCUAGGUGUUAUUAUAAGUAUUUCACGUUAAAUAUUUUUUUACAAGUGGUUUACGUAAAGAAAAUUAUUAUUUUUGAUAGCGAAAUAAGUGCCUAAAGACU